AACCUGAUUUUUCUCUUUUCUUCUUCUUCUUCCAUCUCCUUCAAAUAAACUCGCAUUCCACGUAUACGAACAACAAUGGCUUGUUCUUACCAUAGGGGUUUAUUCAUGUUCAUCAUCACACUCGCCCUCGUCUUCUUCGCCACGGAGCGUUGUACGAGCAGCAGCAGCAGCGUUAGUGGCGAUCGCAGAGAUGGUGGGAUUAGAUUGGGCUCGCGAUUGACGGCAGCCACCGCCGCCGCAUGGGUCUCUCACAAUGGAACAUUUGCUUUCGGCUUCACCCCAGCGGCGGUGGCCGCCGCCAGCGGCAGCUCCUCCGCCACCCGCCAGUUUUACCUCUCCAUUUGGUUCGCUAUGCUCCCCGGAGAUCCAACAUUGGUCUGGUCUCCUAACAAAAAUUCCCCAGUGAGCAAAGAUGCAGUCUUGGAAUUGGACCCCACCGGGAGCCUCGCCCUCACCGACCGCGGCACCACCGUGUGGACUUCAAACACCUCCCACGCAGGGGUAGAAUCGGCAUCCAUGUCAGAAACAGGCAAUCUCGUCCUCCUCACCUCCAACCGAACCGUUGCUUGGCAGAGCUUCUCAUAUCCGUCCGAUACCCUCCUACCCGGUCAGCCAUUGACCGUCUCCAUGGAGCUCAUCUCCUCCCCCUCAUCUUCCCUGUCUCCUUCCAGUGGAUACUACACCCUUAAAAUGUUACAACAACCCACCUCUUUAAGCCUCGCGUUGACCUACAACGUCCCCAAAACCCUAGAUUACGCGCCCGAGUUCUACUCCAAUUUCUCUUAUUGGUCUGGGCCGGAUAUUUCAAACGUGACCGGAGAUGUGAUUGCGGUUCUGGACGAGAAGGGGAGCUUUGGGAUCGUCUACGGCUCCUCCUCCAAUGGUGCUGUGUACGUGCACAAGAACGACGGUGAUGAUGAUGACGGGCUGUCCUCUGCCACCAGUCGAUCACUCAGACCGUCCGAGAACAUAUUGCGGCGAUUGGUUCUUGAGAUGAAUGGGAAUUUGAGAAGCAAGACGAAUGCCUCUUGCCGUUGCUUGCCAGGGAGUAACCAGGAGGCUAGGACUGACGACGUCCAGUGCUUCCUGAAUUCUUCCCUGACCGGAAAAUGUGACCGGAAUCACGAGAACCUGACCGGCGGUCAGUUCAAGAUGGAGACAAUGCAGCAGACCAGUUACUACUUCUCCGACAGAUCUGUGAUCGCGAAUUACAGUGACAACGCGACACUGUCCAAAUGCGGAAAUGCUUGUUUGUCUGACUGCGAGUGUAUAGCUUCUGUGAAUGGGAUUAGGGAGGAAAAGCCUUACUGCUGGCUACUCAAGAGUCUGGAAUUCGGGGGUUUCCAGGACCCCAGCUCGACGCUGUUUGUGAAAGUGGAGAGCAACGGCUCCUUCAACAGUACGACGACAAGGUCAAAAGGGUCACCGAAUAAGAGUGCUCGCGACAAGGCUUUGGUGCUUCCCAUUGUUUUGAGCAUGAGCCUCCUGAUUGGGCUACUGUGUAGCCUAUUGUACAUCAACAUUCAUAGAAAGAGGUCACUGAAAAGAGCACUUGAAAGCUCGAUGAUUCUUUCAGGAGCCCCAAUAAACUUCAGUUAUCGCGACUUGCAAUCCAAGACCAACAACUUCUCUCAUUUGCUCGGCACAGGUGGAUUUGGAAGUGUGUUCAGGGGAGCCCUGGGAGAUGGGACAUUGAUUGCAGUGAAGAAGCUUGACAAAGUUUUACCUCAUGGUGAGAAGGAAUUCAUAACAGAGGUGACCACCAUUGGCUCCAUGCAUCACAUGAACCUCGUCCGCCUUUGUGGAUUCUGCUCCGAAGGGACACGAAGGCUUUUGGUGUAUGAAUUCAUGAAAAAUGGGUCUCUGGAUAAGUGGAUCUUCCCUUCAUUCAGUAACAAAGAUAGGCUGUUAGAUUGGGAAACUCGGUUUCGUGUAGCCCUUGAAACAGCACAGGGGAUCGCGUACUUUCACGAGCAAUGUAGGAACAGAAUCAUACACUGUGACAUCAAGCCAGAAAACAUCCUCCUCGACGACAGCUUCUGCCCAAAAGUGUCGGAUUUCGGGCUGGCUAAACUCAUGGGCAGAGAACACUCCCAUGUUGUGACUAUGGUCCGAGGAACCAGAGGGUACGUAGCUCCGGAAUGGAUCAGCAACCGCCCCAUCACAGUGAAAGCUGAUGUUUAUAGCUAUGGUAUGCUUCUUCUCGAGAUCAUCGGCGGUCGUAGGAAUCUUGACAUGAAGUUUGAUGCAGAUGACUUCUUUUUCCCAGGAUGGGCAUACAAGGAGAUGACAAAUGGAACACCAAUGAAAGUUGUUGAUAGACGUCUACAAGGGAACGUGGAAGAAGAAGAACUCGUGAGAGCAUUGAAGGUAGCAUUUUGGUGCAUACAAGACGAGGUCGGGUCGAGGCCUUCAAUGGGAGAAGUGGUGAAAAUGUUAGACGGGUCGGUAGGCAUUAACUCGCCUCCAAUGCCACAGACAGUACUGGAAUUGAUAGAAGAGGGGCUGGAUCAGGUUUACAGGGCAAUGAAGAGGGAGGAACACAACCAGCUGAGCUCCUACACCAUCACUAGCCAGCCAUCUUAUGCUACAUGUAGUUAUUCCAUAAUGUCGCCUAGAUGAUAAUGAUGAUGACAUGGCAGCAAUACAAAGACAACUAUUGU